CAGGAGGCGAUCAGCCUGGGAGCGAGGGGCUUGAAUUUGAGCAGAAGUAGGCCCCGACGCUGGUGGCUGGAUCUUCCCCUCAGGUACCUGUUGGGCAAUAGGAUUAUACUGCCUUGUAAAUAAGAUGGUCAUGGUCCCUGCCGUCACGGAGCUUCUAGUCUGGUGGUGAAGAAAGCAAAUGACAAAUGCACAAGUACAGAUCGUGGAAAUUGAUGCCUCGUCAAAAUGGAGAUUAAUCAUUUGUGUUUGGGAGCAGCCGAACUGGGGGCCAAUUACCUCUCAAUUUUAUAAACCAAUUAUAUGAACUCCUUUUCCGUUGCUCCCACCCCCAUCCCACCUUCAAACUUCUUACCGAUGGCAUUCAGGAGGCAAGUGAAAAACUUCAUGAAGAAUUACUCAGAUGCCGAAAUAAAAGUCAGGGAAGCAACUUCCAAUGACCCUUGGGGUCCUUCUAGUUCUCUCAUGUUAGAUAUCAGUGACCUGACUUUCAACACAAUUUCUCUGUCAGAGAUUAUGAAUAUGCUAUGGCAGAGACUCGGUGACCAUGGGAAGAGCUGGCGUCAUGUGUACAAAUCCCUUACGCUCAUGGAUUAUCUCAUCAAGAAUGGAUCAAAGAAAGUUAUCCAGCAUUGCAGAGAGGGGUUCUGUAAACUUCAGACACUAAAAGAUUUUCAACACAUAGAUGAAGCUGGAAAAGACCAAGGCUAUCAUAUCCGGGAAAAGUCUAAGCAAGUCAUGACACUGCUGGUGGAUGAAGAGCUGCUGCACAGAGAGAGGGAAGCAGCGUGUCGGACGAGGCAGCGAACCUCCCACUCCAUGACAUUUCCUAAAAGAUUACCUGGUAUGGCUAACACCCCAGCAGUAUGUGCCUCUGCCCACACACCAGAAAUCCCUGCCUCGGAGAGGAAACGUAAGCUGCUUAAGGUUGCAAGGCAACGUAACACAAAAAACGCCUCCAAGGCGGGAUUGAAACAAGAGCAGCGCCAAGACAUCCAAUUGCCUAGUGGGACUGUGUUGUCCCAGGAAACACCACCAGUCAAGAUGAAUGUUUGGAAAUCAACAGAGGACCUGAUGUUAUUUUAUGAGGAUGAUCCAAAGCCAGUUUUGCCCACAAUUCCUCCUCCCAUUACCUCAUCAACUAAAUGGUUAUCAGAAGAGCAAGCAGACGUUUGUCACCUCUGCGAUGCAGACGCUGUGCCUACCCCCUCAGAAGAAAGCCCGUCUCUGCAGACAAAUGUGAGUUUGGACAAGAAACCAGACAGCAGUACCAUCACAAAUACCGUAACCGAAAGCCCUUUGCAAAUGCCUCUGGACAAGCAGUCCGCUGCAGAAAGCUUUGACACAUUGACAACCUCACCAUCGUUUUGGUCAUCGAAUAAGGAAGAGUUCGUCAGCCCUAAUUUAAGGAUGUCAAAGUCAGAUUCUACUUUCUGUGACCAGGCCUCUGUGGAGACGCUCUAUGUCUCUCCUUCAUUCAAAACAUUUGACCCAGUGAAGGAGAUGGUAAGCAAUAAGGACUGCCAGAAGCCAGCACAAUCCAGCAUUGUUCACAUGGAUGAGGAAAACCUCAAGACUGUAACCACAUGGGUUUCAACCACCUCUGAAGGAACGUCCUCCUUGUCUACUUUAUCCAUGCCGUCUCCCGACUCAGCCUCUCCGGAGAAGUCUGUUCAUCUUCUACCCCGCAUUUUGGCGGGACCUUCCUUCUGGUCUCUGGCCCAGCAACGGUCUUCUUCCGCCUCCUUUAAAGAUGAAGAUAAGACGGCCAGGGCUCACCACCCCUUUGCUCCUAGGGACCAAGCGUCUUCUGAUGAAGAGGAGGACAACCUCCAUCUGCUGGAGAGUCUUCCGGAUAACUCUGAGUCUGCUAAAGAGCAGACAAGUCCUGCUUCUGCCAGUAAUUGGGCAGAGUCUUCCACCCCCAGGGCAGACCACGUCACCUCUGUGUCCUGUCUGAGUUUUCAGACACCUGCCGGCCUGCCGGGGGAGCCCGAAACAAACGAUUCCAUUAAAACUCUCCUAGGGGAGGUGAAAAAUGCCAUAGUGAAACUACACGAAGACCUGAGCACGGUGAUAAGAGAACUUAACGUCAUCAAUAGCCAUCUGGUGAGCAUGAGUGGGAAUAGCCUGCAGCUAAAGUCUUCCCAGCUUCCCCGGUCUUCCGAGGGGACCUCAGAUCACAUGUAACAAGCCCGAGAGCCCCUGUCGGUAGAACUCAUGUGGUUCCACCUCCCGAAGACCUAAGUUAGCCUUUUGUAGAUUCUCAUCCUUCUGGCAAAAAUGGGGUGGUGGUUGGAUUUUUCCUUGUCAGGCUUAUUAACAAAUCUCUUUCAAACCACUAAACUCAUUUGGGUGGUUUCUUUUUUAAAGAGGAAAAAGCAUCACCUUUGAUAAGAUUUUCAGAUUCAGCUACAAACUGUUUUUCAUUUGACACUGAAGAGAAUUUCUUUCUUCCACACCCUGGACUUUACCUCAAAAUAUAUUAAGCGUUAGUGGAAGCUGUGGCAAGACCUCAGACUGCAAAUGGCUCUUCCAGAGCUUUUGGAUGAGCAGGUGGUAAGAAGGCCUUCAGAGCCUGGGGUUGCUGUUCUGUCUGCUCUCGUGCCAGGUUUCAGAUUCUGCAAACAAAGGACCAGCAAUCUUUCCCUUCCUGUGGCUGCCACCAUUGGUUGGGGGGUUAAGCUGAGACAGGUGGGACAUGGGACAGGUGUUUUUAUUGCUAAUGUUUAUUGCAAAGUGAAUUCAAAUGCAUACUUCGGUUGUAUUUGGAAAAUAAAUUUGAUAUUUUUCAUCUUCUA